AUGUCUGCCGAAAUUCUCACCUCAGUGAACCUUGAGAUCCCUGACGGUCAAGCAGAGGACGUCGAGGAAGCGGCACAAGACACACAGGAGCUGGAUGUCGAAGACUCUGGUAGAGACUUCGGCGAAGAACAAGGAGCUCACAAGCAGGAUGUUUCUGAGGCCGGUAACCAAAUCGGGGAAUAUGAUAAUAAAGGUUAA